UCGGGCCCGGAGGGGCCCUCGGAGCCGGCGCAGGGAGCCAUGGCCGAUGCCGGGAGGGAGAUGUACGUCCGGUUUGUGGGCCCGGAGGAGCCAGCGGAGGAGGAAGAGGAGGCGGCGGCGGCGAGGCCGACGGGCGGCGGGCGCUGUGGCGGGGCCGGAGCCGCCCUCCGCUGGUGCAUCACCGGGGCGCUGUGCGCGGCGUUCCUGGGGCUGGGGAUGAGCAUCGCGGUGCUGGGUCCCACCUUCCCCAACCUGGCCGCCAACGUCGGCAAGAACGUCAGCGACAUCUACUAUAUCUUCGUGGGCCGGUCCCUCGGCUACCUGGGCGGGUCGGUGAUCGGCGGGGUGCUCUUCGACUGCAUGAACGCCAGUCUCCUGCUCGCAUUAUCCAUGGUUGCAACAACAGUUGGUCUUUGUGGGAUACCCUGGUGUAAGGACUCCCUGCUGUUAACUGUCUUGAUGUCAGUUAUUGGAGGCUCCAUGGGAGUUCUGGACACAGGUGGCAAUGUACUGCUACUGAAUACCUGGGGAGCAGAGGCUGGGCCACACAUGCAGGCUUUACACUUCAGUUUUGCUGCCGGUGCAUUUCUGGCUCCGAUCCUGGCUAAAAUGGCUUUGAGAGGUUCCAAAUCUGAAGAACGUCCAGUGGCUGAAAAGACAAACCAAUCUGUCCUGAAGUCUGUGCCGACAGCAUCGGCUGCAUCAGCUACACCAGCACUGCAAGACCAUCUUGAGGAAGACUUUUUGUGGUCCUAUGUUGUCAUAGGGACCUAUCUUCUCUUAGUUUCCCUCUUCCUUUUUUUUUUGUAUUCAAAGAGCAGCUCAGCUCGUGACAAAUCAAAGACUUCUCAGCAGAAGGGCAAGCUUGCCAAAUACCACUGGGUUCUAAUUGGUCUCCUGUUCAUAUUCUUUCUUUUCUAUGUGGGAGCAGAGGUCACUUAUGGCUCUUAUGUAUUUACUUAUGCAAUAGUCUUUGCUGAGAUGACAGAAAGUGAAGCAGCUGCUUUGAAUUCUGUCUUCUGGGGUGCGUUUGCUGCUUGCAGAGGAGUGGCAAUAUUUGGUGCUGCUUUCCUGUACCCUGGCACCAUGAUCACGCUGAGUCUCGUAGCCUCUGCUGUCUCCUCUUCAGCCUUGGCCUUCUUUGCACAUUACCGAGCCUCCCUGUGGGUGGGAAGUGCCGUGUAUGGAGCAUCAAUGGCCACCGUCUUCCCCAGUGGCAUUUCCUGGGUAGAACAGUACACAGUUGUGGAAGGAAAAUCGGCUUCUCUGUUUGUGAUCGGCGCCGCGCUGGGCGAGAUGUGCAUUCCUGGCGUGGUGGGCUAUCUCCAAGGCAGGUUUCACCACGUUCCUGUGGUUAUGUACACUGCCUUCAUGUCUGCUGUAAUGACAGUUGUACUCUUCCCAGUGAUGUACAAAUUGGCCACCUCUCCCCUCGAGAACGACUUGAAAGAAGUGAGUGACAGUGAGACCCAGAAAGCUUUGUUGUCAAACUCAAGGCUUACUGAGGAUGAAGAGGAUGAGGACGAUGAGGAGGAUGUGAGAGAGUGGAACAAAGCAGACUUUGAGGUAAUAGAAAUGAAUGACAAGCUCGAAAACUCUCUGAUAGACACCUCCCAUAAGAUACCAGCGGACUCUCCAGCCCAAGUCACUCUCCAGCCCCAUCUGGACAAUGUAUCAGGUGAUUCUCCAGUGGUUACUGGUGGCUCCCCUGGGAGACAAAAUGGGAAUGUUGACUGGGAGAAGAGUGAUUAAAGUCAAAGCUGACUCUCACUUUUUUUAAAUGGAAAUUCAGCCUGCAGCGAUGUGUCCCAGACUGGGCAGGUCCUCAGUGAUGUGAAUGGGGUAGCAUGAUAAAUGUGUAGGCUAUGCCAAAACUGUUAAAAUGUUAAGAGAUGUUUUCUAAGUGUGAGGCAUGCAUCUGAGUAUGAUAUGCUGUGAUAACUGGGAAAGAAGGGGACUGCUCAGACUACUCAGUUUUUUGGGAUGGGUGAAAGGUGCAGGUCCGAGGUGCUUUGUCACAAAAUAUUUUCAUGAGAGAAGAACUGUUAUCUGUGAUGCUGAACUUUCCUACCUUGUGAAAGAGGAAUAUUUUUAUUGCAUUUGAAAGUUGUGUGUGAUCUGGAAAUCAGUUAAAAUUUCAGGUGAUGUCCAGCGGCUGUAAAUUGAAUAACCUUUUGGCAAAAUAUAUAAAUUCCUAGUUUUAUCACCAAGAUGAGAAAAAAAUGGAAAUUAUUUCUUAGGAGUGGAACCAUGCCUUUGGAUCACUUCAAAGCAGUUUAGGCUGAAGAGGCACAAAAUGGGUCAUUGUUAAUCUGCUCUAAUGCACAACUCUGACUUAUUCAACAGCAGUGAGUUAUCUAAAUAACCUAAAGUAUUUGUGAUUUUGAUUAUGGCACUACCACUGAAAUCAGUAAAUGUAUGUGGAAGGUGAUAAAAUUAUCAUAGAAUCAUAGAAUGGUUUAUAUUGGAAGGGAUCUUAAAGAUCACUUAGUUC